AUGGUGAAGGCGGUGGUCGGCGACGAGGCGCACCUCAAGGCCUUCGAGGAAACGCUCGCCUCCUCCUCCUCCUCUCCUCCACCUCAAGCCCAGGUGGGCCUCGUCGUUGGCAAGCUCAGCGCAUCCUCCGACCGUGCCCUCGUCUACGCCCUGCUCCCCACGCCGCUCACCGACGCCGCCGCACCCGCAUGCUCCCUCCGCGCCGCCCCCAAGUCCAAGCCUUCCAAGGGCGGCGGCAGAGGCUCUUCCUCCUCCUCCUCCUCCUCGGACGCCUCUCUCGACUUCGAUGUCGAAUGGAUCGCCGAGCACGCGCGGCAGGUGUCUAGGAUGCUGCUCGGUGGUAUGAGUGUCGUAGGUGCUUACGUAUGGGCUUCCGAGGCAUCAUUCAAGGCCACAUCCCCUGCUGUAUUAUCGCAGGUUAUUCGAGCGAUUUCCCAAGCCUGCUAUGGCAGUGCAUCCGGUGAGAGGCUGCUCAUCCACAUUUCUUACAGUCCUCGAAGAUGGGCCUGUCGUAUAUGCGAGGUUGCAUCAGCAAGUCUGCGUCCGUGUGAUUUUAAAUACAGCAAACUAUUAUCUUCUCUUCAAACUUUCAGAUGCACAUAUAAUUUUGAGAUAAGGCUAACAUCUGUUCAAGCUGAGCCAUUUAAGAAAGUUAUUUUGAAGGCAAUCAGUCAUCUCACAGAGGAAGUGCAGAAUGCCAGAGCUUUGGUCAAUGGGCUUCUGUUUUCAGAAGACAUGAACAUUAGUACAGAGGACCCACACCAAGUUGAUUUUCUUGUGCCAUUCAAUAAUGAUGUGCCUGUUGAAGAAUGCAGUUUAGAGGGAGUUGCUGGGCUUAUUCGCUUUGUUGGAUCUGUCAGCGCCUUGGCGUAUUUAGGCCCGAAAGAAUCUAUUUCAGAAGCUAUAUCUGAUCUAAAGGCAGACAUCAUUACAAGUCUAAAAAGCAGGUUGGAUAUAAUCCUUGAUGAGGCAGAUGAUGGCCCUGCCACUGAUGAAUUGGAAAAAUCACCAUCUCAGAAGGCUACUCAAGUUAUAUUUCAUGAGUUGAGAGAACCUUAUAGUUUCUCAUUCCCAAGAAGAGUUCUGAUACCUUGGUUGAGUGGCACCUAUGUUUGUGAUUACUUGCAACAAUCAGAGACAGCAGAGGAUGCUUUGGAUCGCUGCAAGGAAGUGAUAGCAUUGGAAACAGCCGUGGAGAGCUCUUCAAUCCUGGAAUCAGAAAGUGCAGCACCUUGUAGCACACUAGAAUCCUUUUGGGAUAUGGUGCCUGGAUCUCGCAGCGGAGGACAAGGUGGAUCCAGCAAGCUGAAGGACAGUCAUUCUGUACAGAACGAUGAUUCAAGCAAAAGACAAGGUGGUGGGAAUUUCAACAUCGUAGCUGCUCUGAUCGUGCUACUGGUUGCUCUGAUAGCUGGAUUGGUAUUCUCACACUGCUGGUUCCAAUACCUGAACCCACCUGCACUAUAA